AUGGCCGCUAAGCGAAACCUAUCUCAGGAUAUAGCCUACCGAAAAAGACAAGCUCGAACAACCAAGGACACGAAUGAAAGUUCAGUCACACCGACUACGUCGGGACGUGACACGGUCAGCCCUCGGCCUUCGAUCCCCGUGAAAACUGCGAGCGCGAACGACAAAAAUGGUCCCGGACCAAGGUUCAUUAUUGGCCUCGAUUUCGGAACAACCAUGACAUCAGUAUCAUACUACAAGCUCAAGUCUGGGAAACGUCCAGUGAAUGUGGGUCGGAAUGCAAUCAAGUCCGUCACUCAUUGGCCAGGGUCAGGUCGGGAUCAGAGCAGAGGCGAAGUUCCAAGCGAGAUAUUCUACCUGGGGAGUAAUGAAUACUAUUGGGGCUAUGAGGCACGCAGGCACUUGAAGCAUGCCCACUCGACUGGGGCAUCAUUAAAUGCUUCCAACAGGCUCAUCAGACUCACUAAACUCAUUCUAGAAAAUCCUGGUCCAGAUUUGGGAAGGAACGAUGCAUUAAGCGAGGUGAAAGAGACGCUCAGACAUUUGGGAAAAACGGUGAAAGAUGUUAUUACAGACUUUUUGGUUGAAGUCUUUUGUUAUACCAAAAAGCAUUUGAAGGACCACGAAACAUUUCGGGAGACAAGCCCAGUGGAAUUCUCCCUGGCUACUCCCGCCGGAUGGGCUAUGCGAACCUCUUGGUCCAUGCAAGAAAUAGUGAGAGAAGCCGCAGUGAAGGCUUCACUAUGUCAACCAUCUGAAGCGCUAGACUUGUUCAUAAUCAAUGAGCCCGAGGCAGCUGCAGCGUUUGCCCUUGACGUGAUGACCGGUACCAAACGGUUACAGGAUAUCACCACUUAUACCGUAAAGGCACAAAGUCCACUUCGCCUGGGUGAGGCAAUUGCCCCUACCGGUGCAGAUUAUGGUUCUACUUGCGUCAACCGGGCCAUGGAGAAAGACCUCCAAGAUCGCUUCAACUCCGACUCAGAAUCUGACGCAGUCCUGUCCGAGAAGGGAAUAUCAGCCGAAUAUCAACUCUUUCACGAUGUUUUUCGAAAGUUUGAGGAAGAGCUGAAGCGUAAUUUCGAUUCUAGUCUCGGCUUAGACGGGUAUGAAUAUCUCGACUUCCACGGAUUAGAGCCAAAUCUACAAGCCGGAUUCGAGGGCAGUAUUAGCUUUGAAAGCAACAUGAUUAAGAUAUCUAGGAGUCAGGUCGAACAAUGGUUUCAACCAAGCCUUGAAGGUAUCGCGCGUUUAAUCCAGGAACAGCUCAAUAUCUCUGCAAAGAAGAAGCUGGUCAUACAGAAAGUCAUCUUUGUCGGCGGUUACUCGCAGUCCAACACAUUCCGACACUUCAUGGGGGAAAGGUUUCAACGCCUUCAAUUGAGCUAUCCGAAAGACAGUGGAUGGGAAGCGAUUGUCUCUGGCGGAGCUGUUUAUCGUGCGAUAGACAAGAGCAACGGACCUUGCCGAAAAAUCCUUGCAAACAUUGGCAUCCUACAAAUUGAGCCACAAAACAGAAAGCUUGUGGCACAUCGAAACAUUGUUCCCUACUUUAACCCAAACAACGAAACGUACUACAUCGACAAUUGUUUGAAUUGGAUUAUCAAAAAGGGUCGCGUCGUAGAAUUUGACGAAACUUUCACGGAAAAGUACUUCCAGAUCAUCGAAGAAGGUCAAGAUCUGGAAAUCAGGCAAAGGCUCUUUUAUUCUGAAAAGAACGAUAUCAAGGACCACUAUCAGUUAGAACACGAGAUGAAUAGAGGGGUUUCUCAAUCUGCCGCACUGAUCGUGGUAGAUCUCACAGAGCUAAUGGAUCAGUACCCAUUGCAGCUUGAAGAAAAUGCAGGGAACAGAUAUUAUGUGGUCUGGUAUGAUAUUCUCGCACGCCUUACUGGUCGUAACCUGGAGGUCUCCCUGAGGUAUCCUGCAGGCCAAGAAGUCCGAGGGUCAGCCCAGGUCUGCAUUGCGGCAUCGUUUCCACCAGGUGUAGCAUGA